GUGUUCGUUUUCUUUUUUCUUUCUCCUUCUUUCUUCUUCUUUCUUUCUUGCUCGUUGAUCGUUGGUUUGGUGAUUAAAUGCGGCUUCCAGCAGGACUUUGAGACUCAGAAGUGCAAAAAUGCGGAUGAAGCUGUUGAAGAUCGUGGUGGUUCUGCUGGUGUCAGGAUCGAGCGAGGCCAGGCCCCAGGGAACCGAAAGUUCGAUUCAAGCUCGUCCGUCGAAGGCGAACCUCGAGGAAUGGAGAACGUCCGGCGUUCGAGAAGAUAGCAGUGUCCGAUCGAACGACACGCAACGCCACAUAAAAGAUCUGCAGCACAUCGAUCAGUCGUUGAGAACGGUUGCCACCCAAUUGUUGAACGUGACCAAUGGCGGCGGUGAACAACAGCCGGCCAAGAUCCUCGACAACGCGAUCAAGAAGGCAGCGAUGAUGGAAAAAUCGACGAGCGAGGCCGCGGCGAGCAAAGAGUCGGGCAACGAUCGGUCCCCGAUCGGAUUCGGCGGCAGACCGGUCAACUCCAAGUUCAGCUAUUUCGAGACCAGCCAUCCGGGCCAAGCCAUGGCCAUAACCGAGGAGGAGCUCGAGAAGGAGAUGAGCUCGACGCGCCUGAUCACGGCGUACAAGAACCACCCGACGACCACGGGCGGCAUAUCCACGUGGAUCCUCCUCAACCCGCCCUCGACCACCGUGAAAACGAUCGAGAAGAAGACGAAGCAACCGAUCGCCGAAAUCGAGGAGGCGAGGAUCACCCAGAAACCGACUACCACGUUCGUGGACGCCACCGAAAGAGCCACGGAGAAGGUGACCGUGAUGUCCACCGUGGUGGAAGAAUCCACAACGAGGAAAUCGAUUCCGACCACCAGCGCGAUCGAGUCGAAAGUGGAAGGAGAGAAUGCUUCGAAGAUCGGCCAGGUGGCUACCGAUCGCUACUCGGAGGUCAACGCUACGAGAAAGGUUCAGAGGACGACCCCUAAACCGAAGAUAACCAGCACGAAGACCACGGUGCUGGCUUCCAAGCCCCCGAUCUCGAAGCCGGCCAGGCCGUCCAACAAUCAGCAGAACAGGCCGAAGCAUCCGAGCAGGAAUCGGAUCACCGUGAAACCUGAUAUCGGUAAAAACGAGACGGUCUCGGUCGGUAAGAUAGAGAAGGUGACGUUCAGACCCGUCCAGAUGAUCACCGUCCCGAAGAGCACCGAGAAGCCUAUGUUCGUCACCAAGAUCAAAGCGUCGAUCCUGAUGGACAAUCAAAAGACCACCACCACCGCUACUCAGAAGACUUCGACUUCGAGUGGCGAGGACAUGGUCGCUUCGACGACCUCGAAACCGACGACUUCUCUCGACGACAACCCGGAGGCAUCGAAGCUGAGACCGGCAGUCGGCACGAAGGUGAACAACGUGUUGAAGGUGCAGCUGAGGAAACCCGUGGACGAGACGAAGAUCGAGAUAGAGCCGAUCAAGGUGAACGCCCCCGUGUUGAAGAUCGAGAAGGUGGAGAAGGAGGAGGGUUUGGCGCACGACACCAAGAUAGAUCUGAUGAAGUUCGAUUUCAAUCCUGAACUAACCAAGAUCAACGUGGACCAACCGUCCUCCUCCUCGACACCGUCCACCACUACCACUUCUUCCUCUUCUUCCUCGACCACCACCACCACCACCACCACCAAGAGGCCGAAGAGAAAGAAGAACAAGAACAGAAGGAGGAAACCGAUCACUUCCACGAGUACGACCACGAGCGUGGUUCCAAGCUCGUCGACACCAGCCGCAACCGAGGAGGCAGAGCUCGCGACCUCCUCGAUUCCCGAGGAGAACGGAAUAGAACAGGAGUCGAAGAUAGCGCCCGAGACGAAGGUGGGGCAGAAGACGAAGAAGAAGCCAGCGCCGCCAGCGACAGCUGGGAUCAGCAGCCAGAUAUACAACUUUCUCAGCCGGGAGGUGAUGCCCAGCUUCGGUGUGAUGUCUCUGGUGGGCCUCGGCCUCGGCCUCGCCUCCUACUUCCUCUACCCGUUCGGGGGCACCGUAACGAGGAGGAACUACGAGGUCGAGCCGAAGUACAAGUACAAUUUCGAGGAGUACGGGGGCAAUUACGGGCAGAGCGAGGAGGAGGUGUUGUCCAAGGUUCUCCAAGGGAUGACCACGGACGAGGUGGCCAAGGGCCACCAAGCGUACGACGACAACAAUUACUACGCCUAUCAGCGUUAUGACGCCGGGGCCUUCGACCCCCACCACGCCGCCAAGAGGAACGAUUAUCAUCAACGUUACUCCUCCCCCUCCUCGCCCGUCUACCGCUCACCUGAGAACACGAAGCACAAGUACCCGGAUUAUCCUUAUUACCCGGACCCCUCCACCACCCCCAACUACAACGAGGGGACGAGGCACCGCGAGUACGUGGUCGGAUCCGGGUCGGUGAAUCGGCAGUUCGUCGUAGGAAGCGUUCCCAACGAGUAUCCCAAGCCUUACGAGGAGAGGGUACCGUCCACGUCCAACGUUGGAAAAUUGGGGAAAAUUGGUUACGGGGGGGAGGGGGCGGGGGAGGGGACGGAGAGCAGCGGGGGCCAGACGAGGUACGAGAAUUUCAACUUCCCGCAAAGUUACGGCCAGGUGCAGACGGCGAGGCCCGUCGACGAGGGCUACGAGGAGGUGGAGAUAACCCCAACCGCGGUCGCUGUGGAGCACGGGCCCAGAUCCCUAAGGAUCAGGAGGUCCGCGAGGUCUGGAAGGGAUAAAAGGGACGACGAUUCCGUGAUUCAAAUAAUUCCCUCGAAACGGGAGCUGGAGGAGGGGAGGAGGGAGGAGGAGUUGAGCAACGAGAUCCUCGACAUCAUCGACUCUGCCCUGCCCGCGGAGGGGGAUUACGAGGAGGAGAGGAGGGAGAAGAAGAAGAAGAAGGGGGAGGAGGGGUGGAUGGAGGAGGAUCUCGAGAAACGCGACUCGAGCACCGUCGUUUCUUCGACGAGGAUCGAAUCCUCCUCCUCCUCGUCCUCCUCCUUCUCCUCCUCCUCCUCUUCCUCCUCCUCCUCCUCUUCGUUGGAAAAUUUCGAUUCCGAGGGGGAGGCGAAGGCAGGUACGAGCGAAAGGCAGAGCACCGUCGAGAGCGUCACGAUCGAUCCGACCACGAAGAAGCCAGCCGAGCAGAACGGUUUCAAUCUCUUCAAUUUCGUGAAGAAGAUCGCCGAGAUCAAGUUCCGGCUCGGUCUCACGCUUCUUAAACACGCGAGCGAGGGUUUCGCCAGAUAUCUCGGCCACGUGCAGAAGAGGAUCAACGGGGAGGAGUGAGGAGAGCCCUCUCCUCGGUGGAGACGGCUGGACUCGUCGAGCGACGAUUCGUAGCGUCAGCUAAGCUCGCGGCACGUACCACCUUGUAUUCCUCGAGGACUUUGCUUCGAAG